AUGGCACCAAAACCGGACGGUCUCCAGGAGAAACGUCCCGGUCAAAUGCUCUGGUUACUUGGUCUCACUAGACUUCAAACACAGAUUCGAGUGGUGAAGGCGUUCCAGUCCGUUAACGACAGUUCACAUCCGAAUUCACUGACAACAUCGACAGCCGAUCGACUACGUGCCAGCUAUCGCCGAUUGAAGAUCGCUCGAGAGCUGGAACAGCAAAAGAGGUCUGGUAGCAUACGGGCCCGUGGACCGAUACAUAAUGCGCCACUCCCAUCAAAGGAUACAACCGGGAUGACGUCGUCGUGA